AUGGCUGCAGAGUUGCUGCGGCAUGGGGGAGAUGAGCGCAUUGCACAGCUGGCGCAGCCACGCACCGAUCUGUGGCAGCAGUGCGCUCACAUCAGGGUGCAGGAGGAGAAUGCUCAGCUACAGGAGUGCACAUUCAAGCCCAAGACAGGGCGCCCGCCCAAUCGGCACCGCCUGGCACCGGGCUUUCCAGUUGAGGAGCGGCUGCAGCUGUCACAGAUUGGGCGGCAGGAGGCGCUGGAGCGGGCGCGGGUGGCAAGAGAGCGAGAGCAGCUGGCAGACUGCACUUUUGCGCCCCAGCUGGCGACGGAGACGGAGCGACAUUUGCGGCAAGAUUACACUCCGCUGCACAAACGGGUGGGACAGGAACAGAAGCGGCGCACCACCAAGAUGGCGCAGGCUCAGCUGCGGAGGGACUUGGCGGAUGCCGACCUCACCUUCCAACCGCAGCUGAACCAGCGGUCUCUGCAGCUGGCGGCAGAACGGGAGACGCAACAGUUGUUUAAGCAGCCAGCAGCAGCCCGCCGGCCCAGCAGUGCAGACUUCCAGGAGCGGCUGCGCUACUACUCCUUGCGCAAGCAGCUGAAGCGCCAAGCCGCCGCCGAGGCGGCAGAUGCAGCGGCCUGCACAUUCCGGCCCGACACGGGUAAUGCUGUAAUGGAGCGGUACGAGCGAAUGGCAGGUGAAGAGGCGGCGCGCAUGGCAGCGCGGCGGGCUGCCAAAGAGGCCGAGGUGUAUGGGGGAAUGCAGUUCAGGCCGCAGCUUAACCCGCGCUCGGUGGCACUGGCACCUACUGGAAGCGGUGGUGUGCACGGGCUGGCCAGCGUGGCCGACAGGCAGCGGCAACGGCUGGCAGAGCUGCGGCAGGAGGAGGAGGAGCGGCAGCGCUCGCAGUGCACUUUCCAGCCGGACACGAGUAAGCCGAGGGUCAAGGGCUACUACGAUGAAUACCACCCCCCCAAGGCACAUGCUCCGAUCAGCAUCGCCCAUGCUGCCAAGCAGGGACCUGUGGUGGUGCGGGGCCUGGAGCGAUACCUGGAGCUCAAGCAACUGGCAGAGCGGCAGAAGGUGGAGGCGGAGGAGCGGGCGGCCAAGGUGUUUCUGACUAACCCAUGUGGCAAGCAGGGGACCACUGUUCCACAGCCGUUCCAGUUGGCUGGCCAUGCACUGCUAGAGGCCAAGGCCGCAGAGAAGCAGGCGGCUCUUUUGGAGAGCACGCUGUGCGACCACAUGCGCGACUGCACCUUUCAACCUCACACGAACACCCAGCGGCGGCAGGAGCAGCUGCAGCGCAUUCUCGGCCAGCCUUCAGAAGAGCUUGUAGCUACUGCUUCGCAAGCCUGA